AUGGCCCCGGCCCGCUUAAAGGCGGCGGCGGCCGCGCCGCGGGCACAGCUAGGAGCCUGCCGUAGCCGCUGCCGCCGGCCCGGAGCCGGCGCGAAGAUGCCCCGGGGCUUCCUGGUGAAGCGCAGCCGGCGGCCCACCCCCGUGUCCUACCGGGCGCGCUGCUGCCGUGAGGCCGACGCCGGCCCGCCGCUCCCCGCCGGCGCCGCCCAGCCGCCCGCUUGCCCCGCCGCUCCGCCGCCCCUGCCGCGGGACUCGCCGCCGCCGGUGCCAUUCGGUACGCCCGAUGCCGCCGUGCAGGCGCUGUACAGCCCCACGCGGCCCGUCAGCAGGGACAAGUACCUGGAGCGCGGCUUCAGCCUGGGCUCGCCCGUCUCAGCCGAGUCCUUCCCCGCGCCGGCCGUGCCCGGAACCAUGGACCCGAUCCUCUUCGCCCCAGCUGACCUCAAGCUCUUGGCCUCUGCUGGCCACGCCGAGCCGCCCGGCUCCCACCCCGGCCCCGGUGGGGUCCCUGCGCCGCCUGCCCCGGCCGUGCCGCCUGCCUCGGGCCGCCCACUGCCUACCAAGCGCCCACCGGGUGCCUCCGAACCUGGGCGGCAGAAGGCCCAGUCAGGCAAGAAGACGAAGGCGAUCCGCAAGCUGACCUUUGAGGAUGAAGUGACCACCUCGCCCGUGCUGGGGCUGCGCAUCAAGGAGGGCCCAGUGGAGAUGCCGGCCAAGGCACGGGGCGGCUGCGCCCGUCCUCUGGGCGAGUUCAUCUGCCAGCUCUGCAAGGAGGAAUACGGGGACCCCUUCGCGCUGGCGCAGCACCGCUGCUCCCGCAUCGUCCGGGUGGAGUACCGCUGCCCCGAGUGUGACAAGGUCUUUUCCUGCCCCGCCAACCUCGCCUCCCACCGCCGCUGGCACAAACCACGUCCACCCACCACCAAGAGCGGCCCCGAGGCGGGCCGGGCACCGGCUGCGUGCCCAGGCCCGGCCCCGGCAGAGGAAACACCGAAGGAGGCGAGCGGUGGCAGUGGCAGUGAGCGGGACACACCAAGCCCUGGUGGAGCCUCGGAGGCAGGCUCCGAGGAGGGGCUCUUCGAGUGUCCCCGCUGCGCCAAACGGUUCCGCCGGCAAGCCUACUUGCGCAAGCACCUGUUGGGGCAUGGUACACCAGCAUCUGCACCAGCCCCGGAUCCCAGUGCCGAGGAGCUGCCUGCCGCCGAGUGCCGCCUCUGCCCCGUCUGCGGGGAGACCUUCCCUAGCAAGAGCAGCCAGGAGCGGCAUCUGCGCCUCCUGCACGCCGCCCAGGUCUUCCCCUGCAAGUACUGCCCGGCCACCUUCUACAGCUCUCCUGGCCUCACCCGGCACAUCAACAAGUGCCACCCCUCGGAGAACCGGCAGGUCAUCCUGCUCCAGGUGCCGCUGCGCCCUGCCUGCUGAGCCGCCCGUGCCUUCCCCACCGCCCUGCGCUGCUCCCCCGGGGCUGCCACACAAUUAGCUUUAAUACAGCUUGUGACCUGCUGGAAUCUGGCUUUACACUUACCUUCCCGGGGUCUCUCUUAUUUUUUUCUUUUUUCUUAUUUUAAUUUUUUUUUUUAAUUUUGUUCCUUUGCUCUGUUUUUAUCGAUGUGAACAGAUCAAACUGCUUGAGAGAAACAAGCGUUUCCUUUAGUGUAGCCACAAAUGCCUUGACUCUGCUGUUGAUGGUCUCCAGAAAAUGCUGUAGAAACUGCCUUAACUGUGACAUGCCAACUUUGUUUCCGUUAGUUUACCCUUACUAAGGUAGCUCAUGAGUUGUCUGUCUGUAUAUGUUGGUUUGAGUAAUUAUGUUAUUUAUUUGUUAUUUAUUUAUAUUAAUUAUGAAGAUUGAUAUUAUUUGAUUGCAGAUAUUCUAAUGUGCUUUUUUUUGUCUCCCCACCUGCCAUUUCACUGUGCGUUUUAGAAGAUCUUUUUUUAAGGGAUCUGCUAAAAAGGUUUUAACUUUUAUACCUAGAAUGACACAUGAUCUUAAGCAUUUUAUCCCGUGCAACCAACAGCUCUUAAUUUUAGAUGCAAUCUCUUUUUCUACACACAUUAUUUUCUUAACUGUUAGCUAUUUAUAGAGUGCUUCAAUAGAACUGUUUCAACUGUAUAAUUAUUUACUAUUCAAAUAAAAUAUUUUCAAAUUCAA